AUGGGUCACAGCACUCGAUUGGACGCUAACUCCGAUCUCUUCAACAAGGCCAGCACUUCAUUCGACGAGGACACACAAUCUGACCGGACAAGUAUGGUGCUGUCCUCAUAUCUGCUUCACUACUGGUUCGGUAACCCUACCUCCUACCGUGAUGCGCAUUGGUGGCUUGCAGCUGCCAUCAGGUCGGCACAAUGCAUGGGCUAUCACAGAAGCACCAAGGAUAGCCAGAUGCCGCCUCAGGAAAAGUUGCGAUGGAAGCGUAUAUGGUGGUGCCUCUAUAUCCGCGAUCGACAGACCUCCCUCUCUACUGGCACCCCUAUGGUCAUCAACGACCUCGAUCACGACGUUGAAGAGCUGGUGAUGGAUGAGUUGUCAGACGAGACUCCAGAGACAGCGCGGUAUAUAAUCUCACAGAUGGAGUUGAACAAAACCGUCUGCUACUAUUACUACUUCAUUAACCUUCUUCAGCGCCUACAAAGACAGUCCAACCGGGGCGGCGACACUAAACCGAUUCUCGAUGCUGCUCUUCAGGUAUUUGGCCUGGUGGAAGACUCGCUCCUGUACUGGACGCCAGAGCAUUUCCCCAUGAUUUACGUAUCUGCUCUGUUCUCUGCCAUGAUAGCAGUCGCUGCUGAUGGUAGCAUGUCGCCACCCAGAAGUGACCAGCUCCUUUGCAAGAUUCGCCCAGGUUUGCUGGCCCUGAAGCAGUUUGAGUCAGUCUAUAAUCUGGCUCGAUGGAUUAGAAACUUCUUUAUGGACAUCUUGAAUCGUUCCGAGCCACAUACUGGCGACAAGACUGCCCAGGCCCAGCAAUUGAUCGAACCACGCCGAGCUCAGGAUGGGCAACCCAUAACACCAGAGAGCGUCGCCCAAGCCCCUGCGGAGAACACUAUAGCAGCUACUCCCGUACCGGCAGAGCAGCCUGACUAUUCGACUCCAAGUUUGAAUGUUGAAGACUCGAGCUUUCUGUUUGGGCAUGAUGCCCGCGAAGAUGAGUGUCAUCAUCCAGAACUGGCACGCGUUGGUGGAUUCUGGCCGGCAUCCCUGGUGACGGGCAUCUUUUCAGGAUCUCAUAAUAGCGAUGUGAUGGACUUCCCUCAGCCUGAUUCCCUUCAGUAUCAGGCCAUGCACUUUUUGGCCGACUUGGGCAUAGCGAGUUCGGAUUACUUGGCGGCUUACUUCUCCGACAUGCUUCCCGACAAGUCCGACCUCUCUCGACUUCAAGUAGGCCAUCGCCGAGACCUAACAAAGAUUUCGGAAAAUAUCUCGACAUCAACAUUACCACUUUCCGGAGCCCCCAAGAUACACCACGACACCUCAGCAGCAAACAUCAAAGCGGCCUGUCAAGAGUUUGAGCAGAUCAUUGGGAAAGAUCACAUCUCGUCAGAAAGAACCGAUCUCGUCACUCAUUCUGGAUCAGAUUAUCAGUCAUAUGCCUGGUCUGAAGAGAGUGCCAUCCUUUCGAAUGUCAUCCUCUAUCCAGAAACAACGGAACAAGUUUCACAGAUCGUCAAAGUAUGCUUUCGCCGCCGUUUACCAGUGACGCCAUACUCUGGUGGCACCUCAAUUGAGGGCCAAUACAUUCCCCAGUUCCAAGGCGUCUGCAUCGACUUCACUCGCAUGAACCAGAUCAAGGAGAUAAAUCCUGUUGAUCUCGACUGUACAGUGCAGCCUGGGAUUGGCUGGGUGGAUUUGAACGACGAGUUGGCGUCGCAUGGUCUCUUCUUUCCUCCAGAUCCAGGCCCUGGCGCCAUGAUAGGAGGAAUGGUCGGGACUGGCUGCUCAGGGACCAACGCAGCCGCGUAUGGAACCAUGAAAGACUGGGUUCUGUCGCUCACGGUGGUACUUGCUGAUGGGACUAUCAUCCAGACGCGACAGCGAGCAAGGAAGUCCAGCGCAGGUUACGACUUGACAAGGGUAUUUGUUGGGAGUGAGGGAACUUUGGGACUGGUCACCGAAGCCACUCUGAAGCUAGCUGUGAAGCCUCCACAUGAGGUCGUAGCUGUCUGCGCAUUUCCCACACUGCGUGCUGCGGCAUCUGCGGUACGUGAAGUGGCUUCGAGCGGUAUCCAAGUGGCAGCAGUCGAGAUUCUCGAUGAAGUCCAGAUGAGGAACAUCAACCUGGCUGCCCUGACACGUCUCAAGUGGAAAGAAGAGCCCACACUAUUUUUCAAGUUCGCCGGCAGUGACGACUUCAUCGUCAAGCAUAUCGCCAAGAAGGUUGGAGAGAUUACCAAGAGAAACGGCAGCUCGACAUAUACCUUUGCUUCUGACGAAGUCGAGCGGAAUGAGUUGUGGUCUGCGAGAAAAGCUGCUUUGUGGAGCAUGCUUGCCCAGCGGCAAUCGCCAACAGACAAAGUCUGGACAACAGAUGUUGCUGUUCCGUUAAGCAGACUCCCGGAUAUUAUCGAGCUUGCCAAGGCUGACAUUGAAAAGUCUGGCCUUAUGGGUUCGAUCGUCGGACAUGUGGGGGAUGGGAACUUCCACACAUUACUCUUGUUCCCGGAAGAGAAGAGACCUAUUGCUGAAGCGGUUGUACACCGGAUGGUAGAUAUGGCGAUCGAGAUGAAGGGCACCGCAACUGGCGAGCAUGGAAUUGGUCUUGUGAAGAGAGACUAUUUGGAGAAGGAGCUUGGGAAAGAGACUGUGGACACCAUGAGGGCUAUGAAGAGCGCCUUGGACCCAAUGUGUAUCUUGAACUGCGACAAGGUCAUCCGCAUGAAACCAGCACAGGAACAAUAA